GGACCGAAUAGGGGAGAUCAGCGUAAGUCCACUUCUCCGGCCUAUAGUUUUGGAUCCAAAUAUGAAGAGAAAAGAAAUGUUAAAACUCCCGGGCCUGGAGAAUAUGAUGUGGAAGGCAUGACUCGAAUCGGUAAAGAUUGGACUCCAUCUGCUUUUGUUGGCGCAAAAAUCAAAGACCCCGAACCCUUCAACACUCCCGCACCCACUCAUUAUUCACCAGAAAAAAGUAUUUAUAACGCUAAAGGACGUCAAGCACCCAGUUAUACAUUUGGAUUCAAGGCUAAGGAAUCGGUAGCUGAUGUGACUCCGGCACCGACCGCUUACAACGUUCCCGAACCCGAUGCCUAUAAAAUACAGAGACAACCCAUGUAUACAUUUAGGCCUAAAACAGAGAUUCCCAGAGACAAAACAGCCAAACCUGGACCCGCAGACUAUGCCAUCGAAAAGGUUUGGAUCGAUAAGACUAACUCUCCAAACGUGACAUUCGGGUCGAGACCCUCGCCCUAUGCGCUCAGCUUUUAAUCGACACACUUCUGGAUUAUAUUUGUAAUCAUUUAAACAGUUUUAUUAAUAAGAAAACUAAUAAAAAUUCUAUUAUUUUGUAAAAUUUGAAAAUAAUUUACAAUUUCAUAACACUAUUAAUGGAUCAAUUAUUUUUAAAUAUCCUUUGAUUAUAUGUAAACAUUUAUGAAAAAUAAGGGAAACACUUAUGAAUCGAAAAUAGUUAUCAAAAUUUUAAUGAUUUCUUUCCAUUCCUGUAAUGGCUUUCAAUAAC